AUGGCGGGAGAGACGAGCAGUCAAGUCCUCCUCCUCCACGCCAAACGCCUCCGCAGAAGCCUCAACGACCUCCCGGACGAGAUCCUCCUCCACAUCCUCUCCUUCUUCCCCACCGUCGACGCCAUCACCACCUCCCUCACCUCCCGAAAAUGGCGACUCCUCUGGUCCCUCGUUCCAUCCUUGAACUUCUCCUACGAGCUCUUCCCUCUCGCCGGCGACUCGUAUCCUGACACGACUCAGGUCGAGUUUUUCGCCGACUUCGUUAAUCGCACUCUCAUUCUCCGCCCCGACUCCCACAUCCACACCUUCCGCCUCUCCUUCAUCUUCGAAGACGGCUACGAACUCCAUGUCAACUCUUGGAUCCGCUGCGCCGUGACACGCCUCAAGGCGCGUGAGCUCCUCAUCGACUUGUUCAUCAACGAAAGCUACCACGGUCGACAUAGCUGGUAUUAUGAGUUUGAUUUCUCGUUGCUGAGAUAUGGACGUGUAGAAGUAUUAAGGCUUACCAAUUGCUUUCUCUCAUUGAAGACCAACAUGUCCACCAUGAAUCUCUGCUCAAUGCGAUCAAUCUAUUUUGAACGAGUUGAUCUGACGGAUCAGAUGGUCCGGGAUUUGAUUUCCGGGUGUCCGAAUCUCGAGCAGUUGGAGCUCCGGAGCUGUGUGAGGUUGAAGAAUUUGGUUAUAAGUAGCAGUAGGAUUAAGAAGCUAGCUCUUGGGUAUGAUUAUGGCUCUGAAUCUAAGGAGAGCAUUGAGAUUGAGUGCCCAAAUCUUUGUUCGUUGAGUUUUAGUAACUGUAGUUCUGCUCAGUUUGUCCUUAAUGAAGCGCCGGCCCUGGUUGAGUUUCGUGUUGUUUUUACUCGCUUCACUGUUAAGUACUUUGAUUUGUGGAGUAAGAUUGUGAGGCUACUGGAGCAAGCGCCUCAUGUUGAGAAGCUUAUUGUGCAAAACUGGUGGUACAAGUUUCUGAUAUCAAAGGAUCCUUUCCCAAAAGAUUUUACGCUCAACAAUCUCAAUUAUUUAGAGCUUCGAACUGGUUAUACUCGAUAUGGUCUUGUUGGCAUGGCUGCACUGCUUGCACUUUGUCCCAAUGUCCAGACAAUGGUUCUUGACUACACUGACAAGACUCACAAGGAGAAUUUACUAGAGGAGUUAUUGAAUGAAGUUAUGUUCAACAUGCCAAAGCUGAAGAAAGUUACAAUCAUAGCAUAUACUGGAACACAAGUUCAAGUUAAUUUGGUGACAAUUUUGAAAAGGCAAGGGGUAAAGAUUGAACUUGUGCCAGUCAAUUUUGAUGAUAAUAACUCGUAUCCUCCUGGAGUUGAAUUUACAAACCCUCCCCAGAUAGAAUUUCUCCCAUGA